AUGGCCGAUUCGGGGAAGCAGGGCUCCGCGGAGCCGGCCGCGGCCGCGGGGGAGGGCCGCGCGGCGGGCACGGGGGCCGGGAUGCGGCGGCCGAGCGGCACCGCGCCGGCCGGCCGCGAGUUCGUGGAGCGCCUGCCCCGCGCCGUGCAGUGCCGCGUGCUGGCGCUCAAGAAGCUGCAGAGCCGCUGCGGCGAGCUCGAGGCCGCCUUCCACCAGGAGCUCCGCGCGCUCGAGCGCAAGUACGACCGCAUGUGCCAGCCGCUGCGCGCCCGCAUCCAAGACCUCGCCGGCGAGAUGGAGAGCUGCUCCUGGAGCUUCGAAGGGGAGGACCAGGAAGACAGCCAGGAGGACGGCGACGAGGAGGAGGAGGACCGGGAGGAGGCGGCGGCGGCGGCCGCGCGGCGCAGGAACGACGGCCCGGACACCCAGGUGCCCGACGCCGCCUGCAGAGAGCCCAACGAGGAGUGUGCUGCCACCUAG